AUGGUCGAUAUAAUCACAAAUGCACAUGUAUACAUGCACAGAGAAAAGAUCACUACAUUACUUAUGCUAUUACAUACUCUAACUCUAAUGCUGUGCAAUAUCAAAUUUUCAGGAGGAUUUAAAGGGUUUGAUAAAGUCAUAUGGGAAGUCACUGAAUAUAACAAAGGGAAGACCCCAUCAAUCACCUUAAAAUAUUAUAGUAAAGAUGGAGAGGAAGGUUUCCCAGGUGAUGUUUCUGUUAUGGCCAGAUAUUCUCUUCCAUCAAGCAUGGAGUUGAAGCUAGAGAUGGAGGCUGCACCUUUGAACAAGGCCACACCUAUCAGUUUAGCACAGCACACCUACUGGAACCUGGCAGGCCACGACUCCGGAGAUGUGCUUGCACAUUCUAUCCAGAUACGGGGAUCUCAGAUAACUCCAGUAGAUCAAAUUUCAAUACCCACAGGCGAGUUUAUGCAAGUGAGUGGCACGCCAUUUGAUUUUCUGACUGAGGUUGAGAUUGGCAAAAAAAUUGGCCAAGUCCCUGGUGGUUAUGAUCACAACUAUGUGCUUGAUGAUUCUCGCGAAGUGAAGUCAGGCUUGCGGCACGUGGCUAAGGUGACAGAUCCGUCAAGCUUUAGGGUCCUAAACAUUUGGGGGGAUGCUCCUGGAGUGCAAUUCUACACUGGUAAUUUCCUUGCUGGCAUUGUGGGGAAAGGAGGUGCAGUCUAUGGGAAGCACGCAGGCCUCUGCCUUGAGACGCAAGGUUUCCCAAAUGCGGUCAACCAACCUAAUUUUCCAUCAGUGAUCGUUCAUCCUGGUGAGAAGUAUAUGCAUACAAUGCUAUUUGAGUUCUCCACCAAGUGA